AUGGCUUCCGCUGCGGAUCUUCCUGUUGCUGUUGAGGGGCUUUCUCUGCAAUCGACCUCCGAAACCUCCAAGUUUCCUAACUGCUACCCUUCCCUGAACCCCGUGGAUAUCUACAGAGAACAUAUCGCGGAGCAGCUGGGCACGGCGGCCGGUAUCGAGCCAGAGAAGAUCUACACCCGGUUGCAAUGGACCAACACGCUGGAGAAGGGUGAUCUCGUGUUGCCGGUUCCGUCCUUGCAAAUCAAGAAGAACCCCCAGGAACUCUGCAAGGAGCUCGCCGAAAAGUUCCCCGAAUCAGACCUCAUCCUUCCUCCUACCCCCUUCGGUGCUCACCUGCAAUUUUUUUUCAAACCCCAGGGGCUUACUCACACGGUUGUCAGACGUAUCCUGAAGGAGAAGGCUGUGUUUGGUACCAAUGGUAACCAGGGUCUGCGGGAUCCCUCAGACCCCUCGAAGGGCCGCAAGAGGAUGAUCGUCGAGUUCUCUUCACCCAACAUUGCCAAACCAUUCCAUGCUGGCCAUUUGCGGAGUACUAUCAUUGGAGGUUUCCUGGCCAACCUCUUCACCGUGAUGGGAUGGGACGUGAUCAAGAUGAACUACCUGGGUGACUGGGGUAAGCAGUAUGGUCUGCUUGCCAAUGGAUACAAGCGCUUCGGUAACGAGGAGCAGUUGACGAAAGACCCGAUCAAUCAUCUGUUUGACGUUUAUGUGAAGGUGAACAGCAUUGUCUCCGAGCAGGAGACUCCCAUCAAGGAGCUGAAGGAGCAAAUCAAGGCGAAGAAAGAGAAUGACGAAGAUGUCUCUGGACUCGAGCAGGAGCUCGCCAAGCUUGUUGAUGUCAGCGAGGAUGAGAAGGCUCGCCGCUACUUCAAGAGCAUGGAGGACGGCGACCAAGAUGCCCUGGCCCUCUGGCGGCGAUUCCGUGAUCUUAGUAUUCAGAAGUACCGACAAACAUAUGCCCGUCUGAACAUUGAUUUCGAUGUCUACUCUGGCGAGUCCCAAAUCAAGAACGAGAGCAUGACUUCUGCCUACAAGAUCCUAGAGGAGAAAGGUAUCGUCGAGAAGUCUGACGGAGCUGUCAUCGUCGACUUCACGAAGCAUGGUGCCAAGAAGCUUGGAAAGGCCAUUAUUGUUCGCAAGGACGGCACACCCCUCUAUUUGACUCGGGACAUUGGCGCGAUCACGGAGCGUGACGAGACCUACCACUUCGACAAGAUGAUCUACGUUGUUGCCGCACAGCAGGACCUUCAUCUGGCUCAGCUCUUCAAGGUUACUGAGUUGAUGGGCCACAAAAAUCUGGCUAGCCGCUGUCAGCACAUCAACUUCGGUAUGGUUCGUGGAAUGAGCACCCGAAAGGGCACUGUCAAGUUCUUGGAUGACAUUUUGCGGGAUGUUGCGGACAAGAUGCAUGAAGUCAUGAAGAAGAACACGGAGAAAUACGAGCAGGUCGAGAACCCUGUGCAGACGGCCGACAUUCUGGGUAUCACCUCUGUCAUGGUGCAGGAUAUGACUGGCAAACGGGUUAACGGCUAUGACUUCAACCUGGAGGCCAUGACCUCCUUCGAGGGUGACACCGGUCCUUAUCUGCAAUACGCCCACGCGCGUCUUUGCUCCAUUGUGCGCAAGUCUGGAUUGAACGUGAACGAGCUUGACACGGCCAACCUGGACCUCCUUACCGAGACGCAUGCCCACGAUCUUGUGCGUAUGCUGGCGCAGUGGCCUGACGUCCUGCUGAACACCGUGCGUACGAUGGAACCGACUACCGUUCUUACGUACCUGUUCCGCAUGACCCACAUCCUGAGCUCGAGCUACGACGUGCUCAAGGUUGUGGGCAGUGAGGAAGAGCUAAAGAAGGCCCGUAUGGCUCUGUACGAAGCUGCCCGACAGGUUCUUAAUAACGGAAUGCGGGUGCUUGGUCUGAGCCCUGUUGAACGGAUGUGA